GGAGCCUGAGGUCUGUGGGACUAGAGCAGUGCCUCAUAGCGGAGGGAGAACUGCCACAUCAGAGGUGCCACUACAGGUGGAAGGAUGCUGCUCUGGGUGUUCUUUUUGCUGGUUCUUACCCUCAGCAGCAGCUCCAACUGCUCACCACCUUCUCUGCCCCUCAGGAUGCCAAGGUAUGCAGAUGCCAUCUAUACCAACAGCUACCGGAAGGUGCUGAGCCAGCUGUCUGCCCGCAAGCUACUCCAGGACAUCAUGAACAAGCACCAGGGAGAGCAAGGAGUGAAGGGGCGGCUUGGUCGUGAGAUAAAUAGCAUGUGGGCAGACCGAGAACAGAUGGCACUGGACAGCAUCCUGGUGGCCCUGCUGCGGAAGCAAAGGAAUUCCCAAGGAUGAAGAUCCCGCCUGGGUUUUAUAUUGCCUGCAGCUGAAACACAACAGCGCCCAGAUAAUCCUACUUAAUUUCUGACCUACUUUUUCCCUUUAUCAAUACAAUAAAAUUCCCCCAUA